AUGAAGAGCCUUGGCGGGACGAUAUUUCCUCCAGCGACAACACCAGCAACUCAAGAAGACAUUGACUACGACGACGAAGACGAGGAUUCCCCCGCGUCAACUAUCGUGCCGUCCUCGCCUGUGAGAUCGCGUCGGAACUCGCUGAUGAGCAAUGGAGGCACCACACAAGAAGCAGACGACGUUUCUACCAGCAGCGGAGAUAAUAUCGGCGCCAGCGUCGCCUACGGAGAGUACAUCGACAGAGACAACAGAGACGGGAUUCUUGACACCGACGCAAAUACCAACGGGCUACGUUCCCGGCUCCAGAGCUAUACAAGCCACAUGAGAAGUCUGCCCACUCAUCCAGAAACAUCUCGCGGAAACCCUCAACCAACGGUUCCUGGAAUUAGCGGAGUUCAUAACCACCGAAAAAACCAUCAAAGCAAUCCAAACUCUCACGCAACAACCCCAACAGCGCGAGGAGAACAGCAACAACAACAAGGACGUGAGCAUCGACUCCGGGAAAAAGCGGAAACAAAGCCGAGCCGUUCUCUACAAUUUCCUUUUGGUGCUUCUCGAACGCCUCGAAUGGAGGACCGCACACCGGCACCAACAGCAACAGCACCAACAGAAACGUCAUUGACAACGCCAACAGUCUCUGCAUCAAAACUACACCCGCGCGUUGCGGUCAUACUUGGAGUGGAUCGGAAAUGGUACCUACCGUUAGUCGUGUGUCGAGCGAUGAGUGUUGGGCCUGCGCUGUGGUGGGGAUUGAGGUGCGCGUUUACGUUUCUUGCGGAGUUGCUGCGUAUACGCCCCGGCAGUAUGUGGAGGGAAGGCUGGGUUGCGAUUGUGGUUAGUAGUGCGGCGGCCGAUUGGGAUGUGGAGAGGAGGUUUCGCGUAACGGAGGUUGCGCUGGCGAUUAUGUGGGUGUGUAUCCCCUUUUUCUUUCAUGGCAAGGUUGGUUAUAUGGCUGACUGUGGAUGA